AUGGAGAUACUGAAGCUGCUAUCCUCGUACGGCGGCGGGCCGAUGAUCGUGCGCGUCGGCGGCGGCAGCAGCGACCUGCAGACGUUCGUGCCGGGGAAGAACGUGUGGGACUCCCUCAACCGGCUGCACAAGGCGACAGGGGCGAAGUACAUAAUAGGGCUCAACUUUGAGCACGGGGAUGUGGAUCUGGCGCGGCGGCAGAUGCGCGCGGCCAAGGCGGGGCUGCUGCCCGGCAGCAUCCUGACGUUUGAGAUUGGGAAUGAGCCAAACUUCUACAAGAAUAAGAACGGCCACAGCUUCAACGACUACAUUGGCUGCUGCUUCAUCAAGGAGUGGAACUGGUUCGCGCAGUACAUGUCCUGCCAGGACCCUUCAAAGGCCACCGACCAGACCUGCCAGCUGGCGCAGUUUGCGGGGCCGGCGUGGGGGCACAUCCACAUGUACCCGACCACCAUGGACUGGUACCUGAAGGGCGUCGGCAAGUGGGUGGACAUGACGACUGUCCACUGGUACAAGGCCACCAAGGAGACCUACAACACGGCCACCACGCUGCUGGACGAGUCGCCGAUUCGCAAGGAGAUGGCCAACCUCAAGGAGCUCGUGAAGGUGGGCCGCACUGCUGCAUCCUUGCUGGGCAAUAUGUAA